GCGUAGCUCGUAGCACGCUCGUAGGCUCGUAGCACGCUACGGUUUGGAGGCUUCAAUAGUGCAACGUUUUACUUUAAAAAUAUACUAGCUAGUGGUUUACAUUUCAGCAGUCGUAGCAUUUUGGUUAAAAAUUACUAAAACUCUAAAAUGAUUUUAAAAGUCUAUUUUUUUUAAUGUAGCUGCUUUUUAUGUAUUUUAUGGACUAUUUCUAUUAAUAUGGACUAUUCGUAAGCAAAAAUACUUUGAAAUAAAUAAUAAAAACAUCCGUUACCGAUCAGAAACAAUUAUAUAAGGAUCAUAUAUAAAAAAAAAGAAAAAAAAAACUUGCGCUCAUUCCAACAAAGAUAAACAAAUGAAAAUCAGCUAGCCUCAAAAACAAAAGCACAUCACGACAACGAAAUGACGAACGACGACAAAGGAGAAGCGAAGGAGUCGAGAGGCUCGUGGCCGAGGAGGUCUGAAGAUGUCAAGAUUGAGUUCGGGUUCGGAGUCCCGUUGGGGGCUAUGGGAGCGCACCCAGCUUUCCAUUCAGCUUGGGACAUUGGCUGCCCAUCAUCCAGCUUCCACCAUAUGGCCCGCAUGAUGGACCGCAUGAUGCACGAGAGCCUCCAGCCCUUCGGCUUCGCCCGCAUGAGCACUCGGCGCGAUAAGGAACCUCCUAGAGACGGUCUUAGGACAGAGAGGAGUGAUACGCGGAGACAGCGGGCUGGACAAUCUGAUACACACGCUGCUACUGGGACUAGGCAUCCGCCUACACAAGUGGUAAGACCAACGAACGUCAACACGUUCCAAGAGCAGCCCAUGGAUCAGACCAAACAGGUAGACCCCACCACAGAAAGAUGGGCCGGCACAUUACGCCGAAGGGACCCAGACCUUCAACCAACAUUACCCUCUAUAAUUACUACUAGAAAAACAUCCACAGCAUCAUCUGUAAGCAGCGGGCGGAAGACACGAUCCGUUGAAAGAAUGCCGAAGACCUCAAGAGUAAGACAGCUGGUACCCAUCAAGCCUAUGAUCAGAAAACACGAUGUACCAAAUGAAGGGGGGGAUGUAACGAUUCUAGAGAAGGAUGAGAAAGUUUUCGACGCGACGGGGUAUGAGCUGCAUCUUGUAGAAACCUUGGAAAGGGAUAUACUUCAGAAGAAUCCUGACGUGCGUUGGAGGGAUGUCAUUGGCUUGGAUGAUGCCAAAUCUGUUCUGCAGGAGGCAAUGGUUUUGCCGCUUGUAAUGCCUGAUUACUUUAAGGGUAUUCGGCGACCAUGGAAAGGAGUAUUGCUGACUGGACCACCGGGUACUGGCAAAACGUUGCUCGCAAGGGCGGUAGCUACCGAAUGCCGAACUACCUUCUUCAACGUAUCGUCUGCAACACUCACUUCAAAAUAUCGUGGAGAUUCGGAAAAAUUGGUCCGACUACUGUUCGACAUGGCUGCUUUCCACGCCCCAAGCACGAUAUUCCUGGAUGAAGUCGACUCCCUGUGCGCGGUGCGGGGUGCAGAUUCAGAACACGAGGCCUCGCGUCGGUUUAAAGCUGAACUGCUGAUACAGAUGGAUGGACUCGCUGCUGCCUUCCACCGAGAUAAGAUCAUCAUGGUGCUCGCAGCCACGAACCAUCCCUGGGACAUCGACGAGGCUUUCCGUAGAAGGUUUGAGAAGAGGAUCUAUAUUGGACUACCUGAUGAGAGCACACGCGUGAAACUACUGAAAUUGAACUUGCGGGAGGUAGCGCUGGAUCCUGACGUGGACCUCGCGGAACUGGCUACUAAACUUGAAGGCUACAGCGGAUCAGACAUCUGCAACCUCUGCAGGGACGCAGCCAUGAUGACAAUGCGCCGCAAGAUCGCCGGCAAGUCCCCCGACCAGAUCCGCCACCUCAAACGCUCUGAGCUCGAAGCUCCCGUCUCCAAAGAAGAUCUAGUAGCCGCUACAGAGAAAACCCGCCGUACGGUCUCUCAGGCCGAUGUGGCUAGGUACACUGGAUGGAUGCAACGCCAUGGAUGCUCCUAGCAUAGGGCUGGCGCGCUCCACGCGCUGCUCAUGAAGCUCAGGACUUAGGCACCAUCUGUCUUUGUCUAACAGUUAGGUGUUAGACUCCAAUGUUUAUACAGUUGGUCUUAGAAUAUUUACAAAAUGAAAUAUGAUUCAACUUGAAGUCCUGAUCGUUGAUGAAACGUUGUAGAAAAGUCAAAUCUAUAUUUAAAAAUAGACUAUUAGCAGUUGAUCUUGUAAGAAAAAGUUGGUAAAGUUUUUUACAUUAUUGAAAUAAAUACUUUUGUAAAAUUGA